AUGCACGCUGGAGGCGGUUGUGGAACUCAAAUUCACCCGGCAAGUAGGACUGGAUCGACUUUCGGUUGCACCAUGGCUACUAGUAGCAUUGCUAGCCUGACAGCAAACAAGUUUGAGCGCGUCUUGGGCGCGCCGUCAUUCGAGGCAGCAAUCACCUUCCCGACUCGACUUUCCCCUCAAGUUGCCUAUCAAGAUCCCAAUCACCCUCUUAUUUACCGAGGCGCGAAGCCACCUCGAUAUCACCAGGGCGCUAAAUCUUUGACAUACGUGUCUCUUGCAUGCGGGCUGCGGCUGGUGACCUGUCAACGUGUCGACUUUGGAAAGUCGACAUUAUUAUCUAUUCGCUGGCUGUACUUAAGGGAUCAAGUCGCAAAGAAAAACCCAUUCCUCCCACCAACUUCCAAACAAAUGGCCAACACCUCCCCCAUGGAAUUACCGGAAACAAUCGACUUCCCAACACCCCUCGGUUCUACCGUAAACCCUAAUUCUGAUCAAGAAGAAACUAUCCCUGACUCGACAAGCGAGGUUCAGGGGAAUGCAGACAGCAUCACCAAUAUGCGCCAAUAUGUUGAUCUAUAUGAGCAGGACUUUGCCCGUCCAGCCGUCAAGUUGGUUACCGAAACUCUUCGCCUCAAUGAUUCCCUCGCCGCAUACAUCACCACCCCUUUGAUUCUUGGCAUCACCCUCGCCUCCACAUUCUUUGUCUUUUUUACCUCUGUCGUAUGUCUUUGGGCAUUCGGAAAGUUGGCGGCUGGUGCCUUGUUCUUCGUCGUCAAAAUUUUUGUAACGCUUAUUUUCAAGCUAUUGAUGAUAACCGGCGUAUCGAUUCCCCUCGCGAUCGUCUCGACAACUCUAUUCAUAUCCAUAAAAAUCGUUAUCAACGUCAUUUUGUACGCCGCCGAUUGGGUUCGCAAAACACAAGGUCAUCCCAGAGGGGAUUGGUCUAGCAUCGCCACCCAGGCCUUCUCCGAUGUGAAGAGUCAGGUUCCGAACGUGCAAAACACAAUCAAAGUGCAUUCCUCUAUCGCUGCCCGGAAAUUUUUCCAGAUACCAUUCCGCAAGACGGGCUCACAAAUAAUCAGGCUGAUCACCAGCAUCCCUUGGAUGCAAAUGAUCCACGUGGUCCAAUCCUCGCUUCAAAUCCUCUUAUCGCUUAUUCAAAUCGCGUUCGCUAGCCUUCGAUUCGCUUUCGCCACCAUCCGAUUGGCGAUCCAAGGAUUAGCGAUGACCUUGUCCGCGGCGUUCUUCGCUUGUCAUAGCCUCAUUGUCGUUCUCAGCAACAGGGCUUCCACACCUCAGCCUAAAGCUAAAGCAGAAUAAGGGGAAGUACUCGCCGGCAAUGUACAAUAAAUAUUUUGGGUUAUAGCUUGUAACUGUUCUCUGAUUUAUGCGAUACCGCUCGGGAUGCUCGACUGUCGUGGAUUGAAUUGAUGCGCUGCUGUCGAGUAGUAGGAACAGCUUGGAAUAGAACAUUCAUUCUGGAU